CAGUACCACAGCAAAACAAAGUCUACCCAGAACUCCCUACAACAACAAGUAUUUACCAACUUUUGUGAUAUUCACAUCCAUAUUUGCCUAAAUAUAUUUACCCAAAACUUGCAACCACGCAGGCUAUUGUAAUGCUAACGAUUAUGAAUCCGAACAUGACGGAGGUAUCUAUAGGGCACGGGCGUUGCGCCAUACUGACCCUCGACAAGUCCCGUCAAUGGACACCCAUGGCUAAAACCGGACGGAUCGAUGUAUAUCACAACCAGGCUAGUGAAACCUACCGGUUGGUGGGCAGAAAUCUAGAGACCAAAGAAGCCCCCAUCAACAUGGCUCUGCGACUCAAGUUCAAGCAUGUUGUACAGGGAGAGCGAUUCGUAUCAUUCUUUGACCAGAAAAGAAACGGUAUCGGGCUACAAUUUGGUACAGCCGCUGAUCGAAUCGCCUUUACAGAUGCAGUGAAAUCUGCACUGGAUUCCAUUGGAUCCAGCAAUAUGGCCGAUGCCCCUGCCCCACCAGCACGAGCAGCUCAGUCGAUGGCCAGCAGUACCACAUCAACAUCAGAAACAAUACGUAAUCCAUCUGUAUUUUCACUCAACAGUAAGGCUAGCGCAGGCGCUGCCGAUACUGCUGUUCAGAGCGAGCACGCUGCUGCCGUGCCCUCGGUCAUUGGAGGGGGUGCUCCUCCCCCACCGCCACCACCACCUCCAGUAGCAAACACUCCAAAUACACAGAAACCCAGUUCAGGGCCAAGUGCACCCCAGCCUGCGGCAGGAGGGGCACCGCCACCGCCACCGCCACCGCCACCACCGCCUGCACCUGGUGCAAACGGCGCAGGACCGCCGCCGCCGCCGCCCCCACCACCGCCUGCACCUGGUGCAAACGGCGCAGGACCGCCGCCGCCCCCACCACCGCCUGCGGCCGGUGGCCCAGGAAAGUCUGCUCCGGUGGACUUGUUGGCAGAGAUACAGAAGGGUAGAAAACUCAAGAAGGUAGGUAGUCCCUCGGACAGUGCGGGAAGUGGGGGUAGUUUCCUGGACGAAAUCGCCAAGGGGGUUAGUUUGAAGAAAAACGGUGGUGGUGGAGCAAAUAUAGACGAGCAGAAGAGUGCACCCAAGCCGGCGGUUGCCAAUGAUUUGAUGGGCGAUAUGGCAGCGGCCCUGGCAAAGCGUAAAAAGAAGUCAGGGAGUCCUAUAGGUGAUUUGGGUAAGCCAGAGAAAAGUGCAGAAUCCGACAUGGGUAGUGGUAGUGCGAUUGUAGUGGGUUCCGAUGAGAGUGGCAAUGUUAUGGACAACUGGAAGAAGCUGGAUGUGGACAGUGCGAAAAGGCAGCCCAGUUUGACCAUGAAUAGACAGCCCAGCAUACCUGGGUCUGCCGGUGGGGCCAGUACGGGAUCUUGGAAGGCCAAGCAGAAUGUCACCAAGGAAGAUCUAGAAGCUUGUAAGGCCGAAAUAUUGGCCGAGAUAAAGGCCGCAAAAGACGAGAUUUUGGCUGCUAUCAAGGCGAAUAAGUGAUUGAAUUGCAGGGGAUGUACUGGUGGUAAAUAUGACUGAUGUGACCGAAUGAAUAUGGAGACGAGACGGUAAUAUCCGGUGUAUAUAGUAAUGUGAUUGAAAUUAGGUCAAGACGAAUACGUUUUAUUGUUUGUUAUGUGCUAUUCCGUGCUGGUAAUUUUGAUGUUGACUGUCAGCGUACAACAUGUGCAGAUGCAGCAAUAUUGGUGCUUUAAAUGAUCACUAAUAUAAUUCAUUAAACGGAACACGUACUUUAUAUAAAAAUAUGUCGAUACAACCACUAUGUAAAUUAUAGGUGUCAUAUACGAGUCAUUGAUAUUCAUAUGUAUAUAUACAUAUAUAAAUAUAUAUAUAUAUAUGUGUGUGUGUGUGUGUGUACGUGUGUGUGUGUAGUUAUAUAUAUAUAU